AUGAUCCCCUUCAGGCGGUCGACCAUCUCCGCCUUUACACCAUCCCGGAUCCUCAGCCAUCCGAUCGGCCAUGCUAGCAUAUCCCAGCAGGGAAGAAGGCUUUGGCGGUCAGCGCCUAGCUCAGCUGCCGCAAGCAAGGCCAAGGCGUCAAAGUCCACCAUCCUCUUAGGGGCACUGCCUACACAUCUUACCGAUGCCCAGGGGAACAAGGUCGGAUCAUUGCCGCCUGAUCCCGGAAGGAGAGUGAAGACGGCUUCCAAAGGAAAGACAUCCAAGACUUCCAAAGGGAAGACUUCGCUCAGCUCGUCGAUGGGCGCAGAAGCUGCCGAGACGGUCCAAGCUGUAUCAGAGACUGGCUACAGAGCAGCUGUUACUCGAGGAGAAGUGCCGGACAGUCCUCUGGCGGAGCAAGUGUACGAGAACUGGAAACGCUUCCCAGAUGCUGUCCUUUUGACCCGAGUCGGCAAGUUCUACGAGUCCUACUUCGCCCCAGCGGUCGAACUGUCCUCUCUUCUUUCCCUCAAGCUCGCCUACAAGCGGUACGCUGGCGGGAAUUUCCCCUUCUCCGGCUUUCCCGUACACCAGCUCGACAAGUACCUCAAAAUCCUCGUACAAGAUCUCGAUCGAACCGUCGUCCUGGUGGAGGAAUACGAUGAGGAGGGCCGGAAGGAGGGGUUGGACCCAAUGCGGAAGGUGGCAAGUGGGGCGGAUCUGAAGGAUAGGCGGGUCGGGCGGGUUGUCACUCCCGGAACGCUGGUUGAGGAGAGCUGGGUCAGCGGGGACGAGAGCCGAUACCUCCUCGCUGUCUCGGUGGACACCGAGGGCGGUGGUCAGGAGGACUGUCGUGUCUCGCUGGCGUAUACGGACCCGUCCACCGGAGAGUUUUUUCUGCGGGAGACAACGGUGGAGUAUAUCGAGGACGAGGUUGCGCGAAUCGCGCCCUCCGAGAUCGUCCUCGAUGCUGGGCUGAAGGAGGCCUGGUACUCCGGAGAGCAGCUCGUGGGGGCUAUGACCCCGGUCAACGACCUUUUCCAGCUCUUUCGAGUGCUGGGCGUGCACGUGUCUUUCGCCGUUGCGGAACACGGCGCGACAAUCCGCUCUCCGCCCAGCGCACCGGCCGCACCCCAGUCGCUAGAAAUGCAAGCUAUUUCUCUACUCCGCCGUCACCUCGAGUACGCUCUCCGUGACUCCAUGCCGGAACUCAGCAGCCCGAACAAGCAGUCAUCCAGCAAGACGAUGCUCAUCGACGCGGCCACAUUAGGCGCUCUCGAGAUCCGACACGCUAUCCGUCCAGGCGGUAUGUCCAACGCCAGCGAUUCUUUCGGUCGGUCCUCGCCUCUCUCCAGUCGCGGCACACUACUCUCUACCAUGUCCCAGACUACCACUCCGUCUGGCCAUCGGCUCCUCGUCAGAACCCUUACGGCCCCGUCGACUGAUAUCACGCUCAUCAACUCUCGGCUAGACCUGGUGGAAGCUCUUGUCGGGCAGGAGGAGCUGCGGACGGAUCUGCGAGAUAUGAUACGCGGAGUAGGGGAUGUCAUGCGGAUCGUACAGCGGUUCAAGGGGAGGAGGGGGACUGGACGAGAUGCUUGGGACCUCGCGCUAUGGGUGCGGAGCUUUGAGCGGGUCCUUGGGAGGAUCAAGCGGGACUCGGCGGUCGAGGGAGCUGGAGGGCGGUUACAGGCGUUUAUCAAAUCGGUGAAGCCUCUCGCCGAUCUGGCGGAAUUGGUCGAGGGAACAAUCGACGAAGCGGCGGUAAUGAAGCAGGGGCUAAGUGAGGGAGAUGUUGAUGACGAAGAUAUGGAGCUCCAAGCGGGAGAUGCGAUGCUGGCGGGGAGUAAAGCACGUAAAGGCGAGAGCAAAAAGCAGCGUAUCGAAAGAGAGAAGGCCGAGAACGAUGUCAACCAGUGGUGGAUGAAGCCGCACUUCACUGAAGAGCUCAAAUCGAUGCACGAGGAAUUGACGGGCAUGAAAGCCGGUCGGGCGAAGAUGGAACGGGAUCUGCGGAAGAAGCUAGGUGUGGAGAAGCUGUACUUGACCAAGCACCGCAAUGUCUUCGUGAUGUCGGUCUCAGACAGGCUCGACUACGCCAAGAUCGACAAGCUGCGACAGUUCGCCAACAUCUUCGAGGGCAAAGCGAGCAAACACUACGCGUACAACAGUUGGACUCAGCUCGGUGGUCAGACGGACAAGCUCAUGGAGGAUAUGCUGUUCGCGCAACGGAGAGCUUUUGAUCUGCUUCGAGACCAGAUCGUGGCGCGAGCGGAAGAUGUCCAGCACAACGCAGAAUUGAUGGAUGAGCUCGACCUGGCUUUGUCGUUCGCGCAGACUGCUGCGGAUCUCGGCUACGUCCGGCCGAUUUUGGACGAAUCUACGGACCUAGAGAUUACCAACGGCCGCCACCCCACUGUUGAGACUUCUCUACUGAAUCACUCCCGCUCCUUUACACCGAACUCGACCAGCAUGACCCCGUCCUCUCACCUUCACAUCAUCACCGGUCCGAACCAGGGCGGCAAAUCCACUCUACUGCGGCAGACAGCGGUGAUAGCCAUCCUUGCUCAGGCCGGAAGCUUUGUCCCCGCCGAGCGGGUCAGGAUGGGCAUAGUGGAUAGGGUGUUCUCGAGAAUAGGGGCCCGGGAUGAUCUGUUCCGGGAUCGGAGCACUUUCAUGCUGGAGAUGGUCGAAACCGCUGCGAUACUGAGACACGCGACUGCGCGGUCGCUCGUCAUCAUGGAUGAGAUCGGACGGGGAACGACCCUCCACUCUGGCCUGUCGAUCGCCUAUGCCACGCUCGACCAUAUCUUGUCGAAGAUCAAAUGCCGUACGCUGUUUGCGACCCACUAUCACGAAGUAGCGGAUAUGCUCGCGGUGGAGAAAGGCGUCAGGGAUGGCGUAGAGUUCUGGUGCACUGAUGUCGAUGAGCUGGAUGGCGCCUUCUCGUAUCAGUACAGGCUACACAGGGGUAUCAACCACAAGUCUCAUGCCAUAGGCUUCCCAGCUGAUCAUCGUCAGAAAGCGGCGCGGCUCGCAGGUAUGCCGGAUACCUUCCUCAAAACGGCUGAGAUCACCCUGGUUGCGCUGGACAAGGGAUUCAAGCCCUCGGAAGCCGUUCGGUCUCGGCUCAGUCAGCUGCUAUAG